GCCCAGCCAGGGAGCGCCCCCGCAGAAGGGGAGGCCCCGCAGCCCAGCCAUGGGGGACACCUUCAUACGCCACAUCGCCCUUCUGGGCUUCGAGAAGCGCUUCAUCCCCAGCCAGCACUACGUGUACAUGUUCCUGGUGAAGUGGCAGGACCUGUCUGAGAAGGUCGUCUACCGGCGGUUCACGGAGAUCUAUGAGUUCCACAAAAUGUUAAAGGAAAUGUUCCCUAUUGAGGCGGGGGACAUCAACCCGCAGAACAGAAUCAUCCCCCACCUGCCAGCCCCUCGGUGGUACGACGGUCAGCGGGCCGCCGAGAAUCGCCAAGGCACCCUCACAGAAUACUGCAAUGCACUCAUGAGCCUGCCCGUCAAGAUCUCCCGCUGCCCCCAUCUCCUCAACUUCUUCAAGGUGCGCCCCGAUGACCUCAAGCUCCCCACGGACAGCCAGGUGAAAAAGCCGGAGACCUACCUGGUGCCUAAAGACAACAGCCUCACGGACAUCACGGGCCCCAUCAUCCUGCAGACGUACCGGGCCAUCGCCGACUUUGAGAAGAGCUCGGGCUCCCAGAUGGCUCUGGCCACGGGUGACGUGGUGGAGGUCGUGGAGAAGAGUGAGAGCGGCUGGUGGUUCUGUCAAAUGAAGACAAAGCGAGGCUGGGUCCCGGCGUCCUACUUGGAGCCCCUGGACAGUCCUGAUGAACCAGAGGACCCAGAGCCCAACUACGAAGGUGAGCCCUAUGUCACCAUCAGAGCCUAUACUGCCGAGAUGGAGGAUGAAGUGUCUCUGCAGGAGGGCGAAACCGUCGAAGUCAUUCAUAAGCUCCUGGACGGUUGGUGGGUCAUCAGGAAAGACGACAUCACAGGGUACUUCCCAUCCAUGUACCUACAGAAGUCCGGGCAGGAUGUAGCCCAGGCCCAACGCCAGAUCAAGAGCCGAGGGGCACCGCCCCGCAGGUCGUCCAUCCGCAACGCGCACAGCAUCCACCAGCGGUCGCGGAAGCGCCUCAGCCAGGACACCUAUCGGCGCAACAGUGUCCGUUUUCUGCAGCAGCGUCGCCGCCACGCGCGGCCGGGACCGCAGAGCGCAGGGAGCCCGCGUGGGGAGCAGCCGCAGACCGAGAGCGCAAAGCCGCAGCCUGCGGUGCCCCCGCGGCCCAGCGCAGACCUCAUCCUGCACCGCUGCAGCGAGAGCACCAAGCGGAAGCUGGCGUCCGCCGUCUGAGGCCGGGCCGCCUCCCCAGAUGGUGUCCUGGACCUUCCGCCCUGUCCCGCUGCAUCCUGUACACAAGUGUACGGAUCCAGAAGUCUGGAUGCCUCCGGCAGCCCCGGCCCCUCCCAGCUAACUAUUCAGCGCUCUCAAUAAAUGUUGCUUGGAGUGGACAGGGGUCUUGCAGAGCAGCGGGGCGGGCUCGGCUGGGCACGCCCUUGGGGGUAUUUAUAGAAUUAGAACUGAGGGCCGUGAGCUCUGCUGGGGCGGGAGGUUAGGGGAAGUUGCAAAAACCAAGGUCCGGUUGCACACUGCCCUGGCCUUGGCCGAGACUGUUUGCACGGGGCCAAGUGCAAUAGGAACCCCCGGUCCCUCCCACCCCCCACCCCGCUGGCUGUUUGUCUGGGCAGAAGCUGCCUGCUAAAACUUUGGUCCCACUGCAGAAGAGUUCUGAAGAAGGGUGCCAUAGCGCUCGGUGUGUGCACCUUCGUUCGGUAACAGAAAUUGUAGUGUAGGUAUCGGGAGGGAGCAGCUCUGAUUAUUCACUGCCCAGUUAGGAGAUUCUAGAAAGCAAUGACUCAUUGGUGAACAGACCCUCACCGCCCCGCGCACGGCCUCAGUCUUUGCUGGUGGAUCUUUUGCAAAAAUGCUAAGACACCAGGGUGCAACCCGGAGCUGCAAAUCGUGCAAAAGCAGCAGCUUAUCAGGAAGGAGGCAGGUGGUGGCAGCUGGCCUAUGUGUGCGUAUGGGGGGGGGCACAAGAGGAUGGGCAAGGCUGGUCCCUUCGAGAUAGGGGGAUUGGUGCUUCUCAAGAGAAUCAUUUGACCGGCACAACGAUUGCAAGAGGCCUUGAGAACAUCACCAGGCCCUUUAUUUGCUUUUUGCACACUCGGUUUGCUGGAAAAGUCCAGACCCUCAAGCACUAUCAUGCAAAGCUGUGGGAGCGUGAACCACCGAUCAUUCCAACCCUUUUGCUUGUUCAGCUGCAAGUCUAAUUAAAAGGACCAGUGUGAGAUAAAAUA